AUGGAAGAAAUAAAUAAUAACAACAAUACCAAUAAUAAUAAUAAUAUAUUACCUCAUAACGUUAAAAUAUUCAAUGCCUUAACGGGUGCUUUUAUUUCCAAUUUACGUAAACUAAUCGCUAAUAUAAAAGAGAUUAAAACUUUCCCACAAUUGAACGAAAUAAAUACCUAUAUUGAGCAACUACGAAAAUCUUAUGAGGGAUUAGUGAAUGAUAAUAAGAAUGUCAUUAUUACUUUUAAUCGGGCUGAUGAACAACUAUAUCAAGGUUUGCUAAAUAUGUAUUUAGAUUAUAUUAAAGAAUUAGAAUUUAUCAAGGGUAAAAUAAUGGACCCAUCUUUACUCAAAUACGAUUGGUUAGAUUCUCAAAAUAAUUUUCCCGAAUUAUUACUUACAGAUUUACGUAAAGGAUUAAAGGAUUAUGAAUCCUUAACCGAGAAAAUGAAAAAGAAAUUGAUAGAUAAGUGCAAGAAUAAUGCUGAUAAGGAUUUGUUAACUGCAUUUUUAUUCCCAACAAAGUCAUUGGACAAUUCUGAAUUAUCAACUGCGGAGGUGGCACUAGCAACAGUAACAGAGGCAGAGAAAGAAAAAGAAAAAGAAAAAGAAAAAGAAAAAGAAAGUAAAUAUAAAACAAAAACUAAAACCAAAAAAUUAACUAAGCCUGAAACCAAAAGUAAUAUCAAAUUGGAAGAAAAUUCCAACAGUAAAAUCGAAAAUAAAUCUAAAAUGAAAAUAGCAGGUCCAAAGAAAAGAAAAAGCGUAGAUACUGAAGAGGAGUUAAGUACCAAACCCACUAAAAAGCCUAAAACUGUUAGGGAAAUUAAGAGUAAACCAACGCGAGAUGUUUCAAAUAUUAAAUUGCAGAGCCGUUCUCAAACAUCAAUAGCAAAAAAAUAUACCGAUAAAGGUUUAAAAUCAAUAUUGAAGUCACCAACACCAGUUGAUAGAUCUGCAUCAUUAGCAUCAUCGAAUACUUCAUCAAACAGUGAUAAUAAUAGUAACACUGUUAAGAUACUCCCACCUACUAGUAAAAAUAGUAUUAAAUUUAAGGAUGAUUUUGUUACAGUGUUUGGCCAUGAUUUGCCACCCACUGGUUUACAAGUCCCACCACAAGACCUUUCCAAACUAUUGGAUACUGCAAAGAAGCCAAUUUCCCCCAAAGAAUAUAAACUAGCCAAUUAUAAGGGACAACGUGUAUUGAAAUUGGAACCAAAUAGUAUAAUACCGAAAAUUGAGAAAUGCGAUAUUGUUGAUAUUAAAGGGGGUAUAGUCAAGCUAAAAACAUGCGCUAAACCACAAUAUAGGGUGAAUUUUACAUCAUUUAAUAAGCAUCUUUAUAAGUAUGGUAGACCAAGCAUUGACAGCGUGGGUCUUUUAAAAGAUACUUUCCAAAAUACCACCGAGGAAAAUUCCAACAUCGCCAGUAGGAAAAAGAAAAAGGAUAACGAUAAAGAUAAUGAUGAUAUGAUUAAGCUUAACAAAUCAAUUGAAUCAGAAAAAAUUACUUUAAACAAAGAUCCUGUAAUUAUUCCUGCUUUUGGGAAAAACAACUUAUUAUUAAAACAAGAUAGAGGUGGGCUACCUUAUAAAAAUGUUCCAAUAAUUAAACCAAAUAAAUAUCAACCCACUAGCAAAUACUAA